AUGCCUAUAAGACCAGACCUACAGCUGGAAAAAUGCAUAGAUUAUGCUUUAAGAAAAAAUGAUUUCAAGCCUUUGAAAACACUUUUACAAAUAGAUGUUCAUGAAGAUGUGAUGAUUAAAUGCAGCAAACAGUUUUUUCACAAGUUGGAUGACCUUAUAUGCAGGGAACUUAAUAAAAAGGAUAUACAAACUGUUUCAACCAUUUUAGUUUCUGUUGGAAGAUAUGGCAAAAAUAUCAGUGUACUGGGGCAAGCUGGACUUCUAACUAUGAUAAAACAAGGACUAGUCCAAAAGAUGGUUUCCUGGUUUGAAAAAUCCAAGGAGAUUAUUCGAAGUCAAGGAAAUUCAGAAGAUGAAGCUGUUAUAAAUAUGAUAGAAGACCUAUUUGAUUUUUUGAUGGUCAUACAUGAUGUCAGUGAUGAAGGUAAAAAGCAAGUUGUGGAAAGUUUCGUUCCUCGCAUUUGUGCCCUAGUUAUUGACUCAAGAGUUAAUAUUUGUAUUCAACAAGAGACUCUAAAGAAAAUGAAUGCUAUGCUUGACAAAAUGCCUCAAGAUGCCAGGAAAAUACUCUCUAACCAAGAGAUGUCAAUUCUCAUGUGUAGUAUGGGAGAAAGGAUUUUAGAUGCAGGAGAUUAUGACUUACAGGUUGGCAUUAUAGAAGCUUUAUGUAGAAUGACCACAGAAAAACAAAGACAAGAACUGGCAUAUCAGUGGUUUUCAAUGGGUUUUAUUGCAAAUGCAUUUAAAGAAAUUAAGGACUCUGAAUUUGAAACAGAUUGCAGGAUAUUUCUCAACCUUGUAAAUGGCAUGCUUGGAGACAAAAGAAGGGUCUUUACAUUUCCUUGUUUGUCAGCAUUUCUUGAUAAAUAUGAGUUACAAAUGCCAUCAGAUGAAAAACUUGAGGAAUUUUGGAUUGAUUUUAAUCUUGGGAGCCAUACUCUGUCUUUCUACGCUGCUGGAGAUAAUGAUGAUCAUCAGUGGGAAGCAGUCACUGUGCCAGAGGAAAAAGUAAAAAUAUACAGCAUUGAAGUGAAAGAAUCAAAGAAGCUACUGACCAUAAUUCUGAAAAAUAUAUUUAAAGUUAAUAAAAAAGAAGGGAAAGAAUUGCUUUUGUAUUUUGAUGCAUCGUUUGAAAUCACUAAUGUAACUCAAAAACUUUUUGGUGCGAAUAAAUAUAGGGAAUCUACUAGAAAACAAGGUAUUUCAGUUGCCAAAACAUCUGUGCAUAUACUUUUUGAUGCAAAUGGAUCACAGAUUCUAGUGCCAGAAAGUCAAAUUUCAACAGUUGAAGAAGAACUCGUUUGUUUAAAAGAAAAAUCUAACCCCCAAAAGGAAUUUGCUAAGCCUUCAAAAUAUAUCAAAAAUAGUAAUCAAGGGGACAACAAAAAUAGUCAACUUGAGGUAAAUAUGGUGUCAAAAUAG